AGGGGGGGGCCCUGGAGAGGGGGGACCCCCGUUAUCGCUGUGCCGAGCCGGCGGUCGGGGCCGUGCUGUCGGUUCCCGAUGCCGGGCGGCUGAACAAAGAGCCCGCGGCCGUGUCCGGGGGCCCGAUCCGCUCCCUGCUCUCGGUGCCCUGGGGCAGCCUCUGGUGUCCCCCCGGCCGUGGGGGCGUUUUGUUGGCUCGGGCCCAGGCGGCCCUUGUUUGGGGCUGUGGGCUGGGGGCUGUUGGGGGUCCGGGGUGGGUGUUUUGGGGCGGUGUCGGGGUGGGUUGUGGGCAGAGCCCCGUGGGUGGUCGGGGGGCUUUGGGUCCCCCCCCUUGUUGGGGGUUGGUGUUGCUGGGUCAGGCCCCUUUGGGUCCAUUGUGAGCCCGGUGUGGGCGGGGGGGGCUGGGCCGGGGGAGCCGGAGGGAGCCGAGGCAGCGGGUUUGGGGAGCCCUCGGGAGAGCCGGGGGUGGGGGGAGGAAGGGCGGGAGCCCCGGAGUGUGGAGAGCGGAGCGGGGCGAUGGCGGAGCUGGGGGACCCCCGGCAGGCUGGAGGGGGGAGCAGGGAGAGGGAGGAGCCCCGGGAGGCUGCAAGGGGGGUCCCGGAGAAGGGGGAGCCUGGGCAGUGGGGACCCCUGGGAUCCCCAGGACAACAAAGUGGAGAAGGCGGAGAGGGGGAAUGUGUGGGAACCCGGCCCCCUGAAGCAGAGAGUGAGGGGAGAAGGGACCCCUGGGACCCCCAAAAGCCCCGGCAUCCCUAAGCGGGACCCCCAGCAGCCCAGAGAGGGGAGACCCCAGAAGGUAAAGGUGCAGAGACCAGAGAGAGGGAACUUCUGGGAGGGUUUUUUUCAGCUGAAUCUUCAUAUUUUGGAGUAUUCUUUUGCUGACUCUUCAUCUUUUGCAGAUUUGUGGGGAGUUUUGGGAUUUUUUUUUCCCAAACGUAAGUGUUUUCUUUUUUUCUGGUCUAAAUCUUAGUGUUUUGUGGGUUUUUAUGGACAGAAGAUGCCCG